AUGAAGCGAGGUCUCCGUCAGGUUCCCAGGUCCGUAAUCCUCGGUCAGAGGCAGUCUGCUCAGGCCAUGCGCCUCUUUGCCUCGGCUGCCCCUUCGCCCAACGUCGAUGAGAUCCAGUUCCAGGUCAUCGGCGACACUGCCACUGCGGAGUACCCCACGCGACCCUUCACCUCCAAGAGCAAGGCGCAGCUCGAAGAGGGUGUCCAGAGGAAGGCCAACCAGACCCGCGGCCAGUUCGAGGCCAAGUUCUCGGCUGAUACCCCCGAGGGUGCCCUCUUCAAGGACGUCGUCCAGAUCAAGCCCUACGAUGAGCAGCUCCUCAAGGCGGAGCUCGAGCAUGUCACCAACCCCACCAUCCAGCCCACCGUCGAUACCGCCGUCAGCCCUCUAUGCUCACCCGUUAAAACGAACAAAAACAACAUCAACACAGACACGAAGAACCACAACUUCCUGACUGAGUUCAUGGCGUCGCGCACUGCCGGCUACCUCGAGGACCCGACGCUCUACUUCAGCUACGGCGAGAACCCGUCGGCCACGCUCAACCCCAACUGGAGCACCCAGCUGUCGGGCAACCUCGACGCCCUGGUCAAGCGCGAGCUCGUCGACGCGCUCGCCGCGCUGUCGGCCGAGGUCAAGGAGAUCGACGCGCUCGACCAGCAGGCCAAGAAGGCUCACGAGGAGCUGCUCCAGAAGCUGCAGGCCGACAUCGACAUCCUCACCAACAAGGAGCUCUUUGCCAAGUCGCUCGAGUCGUCGGGCAUGAGCCCGCUCCACGUGGCCCAGAUGACCGACAUCGUCACCACCGACCCGCUCGCCGUCCAGGCCCUCCCGCUCGCGCAGAAGCAGGCCGCCGAGCUCGCCCAGUUCCGUCAGCAGAGCGCCACCUUCCAGCAGUACAGCCAGCUCGUCGCCGACAGCCGCGAGCUCGUCAAGCAGCUCCAGGCCUCGGGCCUCCAGUUCGACGCCUCCAAGGUGUCCUUCUAA